GUGUUUUCCACUGUCCGGUCCGGUCUGGUCUGGCGAGUAACCUUGAUCCUUUCCAGUCGUACGUGACAGCCAUCGUUCGGGUGGACCGGUUAGUGUCGAUCGAGACAUCGUCGAGGUAGCAAGCGAUUCUUGACAGUUUACGAGUUGCCGACGUUCCCUGUGUGCGACAGGAUGAAAACGUUCGUCCAAGUUCUUCUCGUUGCGGCGUGCUUCGUCGCCUGUGCACGCAGUUUCCCAAGUAGAUCAGGAUACGAUUCGUCUGAUGAGGAUGAUUUCGACACUAUGAGCUUCGACUUCGCUAUGCCUAAUUUUUAUGAUACUAUCAUUAAACUCAGGGAAACUCUCUCAAACUACUUCUUGAAUAUGCCCGAUAUGAACUUCAAGAUUCCCGAAGGAGCGAACACAACAUCCACAGUCAAGAUCAUUAACGGUCAUGUGGUGACGAUCAACGAGACAACAUAUACGAGCGGCGAUGAUAUCAGUGGCACCAUGUUCCGUAUUCGAACAGUUGACGUGAAGCCACAAAACGGGACCGAACUGAUCGGGGGAGGCAACACGGAGCAACCGUCGGUGAGGCCGGAGCCGGAGAGCCGCGAGACGGUCGAGGAGUUCAACAACGAGAUAUCGAAAAACACAGAAACGCUGACCGCUUAAAAGGUGAUCAGUCCGCUCACGAGACACGCCGACGAUCAGCGAUGUCCGAGUGAAUUUCAGGGAGACGAAGGAGUGACCUUUAUUUCGUGGCUAUAGUAGAGUAACUUUGAUGCCACACCGUGGUGCAUCGUAUUAAAAUAUAAAGCAUUACUGUAAAAUAUAUAUAUAUACAUUAUACAUGUAAUACAUACAUAUAUGAAGUUAUGUUUCUGUUGUUUCCUAUCGCUUCUCGAUACGGUAGUAUAUAUAUAUAUAUAUAUAUAUGACGUUUACCUGCGUCUUUUCAAGAAAACAGAUCGCCGUCGCUGAAAAGAAUAAGUUAGUAUAUUUAUAAAUACGUAGAUAAUGCAAGUUGAGAAUAGAGGGGGCUACUAAUUGGUUUCAAUUAAUUGCGAGAAUUUAUUUAAAGUUAAUUAAUCGAUUAAAAGCUUUCGAAUCAAAUUAAAACUCUCGGUUAAACGUGGAAUUAAAAUAGAUGAGAUUUAAAGCUCAAUGUGCGUUUACGUUUUUCAACUGAACAUUUUAUACUCUGAAUAGUCUGAACAAUUGAACUUUAUACAUAUUAUGAAAUACGCUUAAAAGACACGUAUGCAUCAGCGAUUGAUAUGGAAAUAUAAUGUUGUAUAAUCUGUCGUAUUUUUCAAAAAUUAAUUAUUUGGACCCCUUCUAAUUUAUAUUUUGUACAUGUUUAUGUAUCUUACAUUUCAAAAAGGCGUUAAAGAUUUUUGUAUAUUUUA